GAUGGCGCUGCUCGCGAUACAUUCUUGGCGUUGGGCAGCCGCGGCGGCUGCUUUCGAAAAGCGCCGGUAUUCCGCGAUUCUGAUCCGGUCUCUAGGCUAUGUUCGUCGCUCAGAUCCGCGGUGGCUGUCACAUCAUCGCGGCGCCUCAGGAAACGCUCGAAUCUACCAGGUCCCAGAGUCAUUAAGAAAUGCUACAUGGCAGAGAUGGGGAAGAGACAAUUCAAGACUGUUAUUAGAUGCUACAAAGGCUCUCCAGACAUGGCCACUGAUAGAAAAGAGGAAAUGUUGGCAUGGUCACGCUGGUGGAGGACUCCACACAGACCCUAAAGAAGGGUUAAAAGAUGUUGAUACUCGGAAAAUCAUAAAAGCAAUGCUUUCAUAUGUAUGGCCCAAAGACAGACCAGAUCUACGAGCUAGAGUUGCCAUUUCCUUAGGAUUUUUGGGUGGUGCAAAGGCCAUGAAUAUUGUGGUUCCCUUCAUGUUUAAAUAUGCUGUAGACAGCCUCAACCAGAUGUCGGGAAACAUGCUGAACCUGAGUGAUGCACCAAAUACAGUUGCAACCAUGGCAACAGCAGUUCUGAUUGGUUAUGGUGUAUCAAGAGCUGGAGCUGCCUUUUUUAAUGAAGUUCGAAAUGCAGUAUUUGGAAAAGUAGCCCAAAAUUCAAUUCGAAGAAUAGCCAAAAAUGUCUUUCUCCAUCUUCACAACCUGGAUCUGGGUUUCCACCUGAGCAGACAAACAGGAGCUUUAUCUAAGGCUAUUGACAGAGGGACAAGGGGUAUCAGUUUUGUCCUGAGUGCUUUGGUAUUUAAUCUUCUCCCCAUCAUGUUUGAAAUGACACUUGUCAGUAGUGUUUUGUAUUACAAAUGUGGUGCCCAGUUUGCAUUGGUAACCCUAGGAACACUUGGUGCAUACACAGCAUUCACAGUUGCAGUCACACGGUGGAGAACUAGAUUUAGAAUAGAAAUGAACAAAGCGGAUAAUGAUGCAGGUAAUGCUGCUAUAGACUCACUGCUGAAUUAUGAAACUGUGAAGUAUUUUAAUAAUGAAAAAUAUGAAGCACAGAGAUAUGAUGGAUUUUUGAAGACAUAUGAGACUGCUUCAUUGAAAAGUACCUCUACUCUGGCUAUGCUGAACUUUGGCCAAAGUGCUAUUUUCAGUGUUGGCUUAACAGCUAUAAUGGUGCUUGCCAGUCAGGGAAUUGUGGCAGGUACCCUUACUGUUGGAGAUCUAGUAAUGGUGAAUGGACUGCUUUUUCAGCUUUCAUUACCCCUUAACUUUCUGGGAACUGUAUAUAGAGAGACUAGACAAGCACUCAUAGAUAUGAACACCUUGUUUACUCUACUCAAGGUAGACACCCGAAUUAAAGACAAAGCGAUGGCAUCUCCCCUUCAGAUCACCCCACAGACAGCUACGGUGGCCUUUGAUAAUGUGCAUUUUGAAUAUAUUGAAGGACAGAAAGUCCUUAGUGGAGUAUCUUUUGAAGUCCCUGCAGGAAAGAAAGUGGCCAUUGUAGGAGGUAGUGGGUCAGGGAAAAGCACAAUAGUGAGGCUGUUGUUUCGCUUCUAUGAACCUCAAAAAGGUAGCAUUUAUCUUGCUGGUCAAAAUAUACAAGAUGUAAGCCUGGAAAGCCUUCGGAGGGCAGUGGGAGUAGUACCACAGGAUGCUGUCCUCUUCCAUAAUACUAUUUACUACAACCUUUUAUAUGGAAACAUCAAUGCUUCACCUGAGGAAGUAUAUGCAGUGGCAAAAUUAGCUGGACUUCAUGAUGCAAUUCUUCGAAUGCCACAUGGAUAUGACACCCAAGUAGGGGAACGAGGACUCAAGCUUUCAGGAGGAGAAAAGCAAAGAGUAGCAAUUGCAAGAGCCAUUUUGAAGGACCCCCCAAUCAUUGUCUAUGAUGAAGCCACUUCAUCAUUAGAUUCAAUUACUGAAGAGACUAUUCUUGGUGCCAUGAGGGAUGUGGUCAGACAUAGAACUUCUGUUUUCAUUGCACAUAGAUUGUCAACAGUGGUUGAUGCAGAUGAAAUCAUUGUUUUGGACCAGGGAAAGGUAGCUGAACGUGGUACCCAUUAUGGCUUGCUUGCUAACUCUGGCAGUAUUUACUCAGAAAUGUGGCAUACUCAGAGCAGCCGUGUGCAGAACCAUGAUAACCUCAAAUGGGGUGCAAAGAAAGAAAACAUGUCCAAAGAGGAGGAAAGGAAGAAACUACAAGAAGAAAUUGUCAACAGUGUCAAAGGCUGUGGAAACUGUUCCUGCUAAGUCACAUGAGACUUUUUCUUUUCUUUCAUUUUGUUUUGCUUUGUUUUGGACUACCCUUCAAGUACAAUUCUGCCCUGAAAGCAGAAAUGUUUAAAUUAAAACAAAAGUCAUACAUUCCCAUUUUCUAUAAUUAUUCUUUUAGAUAAGAUUUGUUGAAAGGGGGAUUUGAGUUACAUCUUUCCCAGUCUAUUUUGUGCUAUCUGUAUUUAACCAUGAAUUAUUUUCUUGUUACUGCCCUGGUUAUAGUCAUCACACAAUUUUUGUACUUUGGCUUUACCCCAUUACCCUUUUGAGACCCAGUAUGCAUUUAACAUCCAUAACCAGAUGAAUCGGAUAAGUUUCCAAACUUUUGUAGUUUUUCAAGGCUCCUUUAUGCUGACAAUUUGACAAAAGACAACUUAGUGUCUUUUUCUCAAAAUUAAACAGACUAUAAUAUGAA